GGAAAUGAACUUCAAGAAGGGAAUACUCCAGUUUGUGACUUCUACCUAGAUGAUGGAUGGUAUUCUAUGCAUGAUUACGUUAUAGCUGAUACCCCCGAGCCAUGUGCUACACAUUACAAUUGGUACAUGAUUGGAGCUCUUCCGCAAACGCCAAAUGUCGAAACAGAAGUUGUAGUAUGUAAGAAUACUCCAAAAAACAAUUGCUCGGUAACGAACGUGAUAUCAACAAUUUUAUGUCAAAACGGGAAUUAUGUGUUUUAUUUGAAAGGAACAUAUGGAUGUUCUGAGGCCUACUGUAUAAAGAGUUUAACCGGCGAUGAAGGUGCUAGUGCUCCAGACAUAAGCGUCAUGGCUAAACCUGUUGUAACGGUGGAUAUUACUAAUGAUCACGAAUUUGUAUUUUAUUGUGUGUUUGAUGCUCCUUCAGUGACAUAUCUUUAUGAUAUUGAUUGGAGCUUGUCUACCGGAAUAUCACUGACAAAAAGGAUAAAAACAUUUAAAGACAUAAAAUACGAAGGGCCUGCCGCUUUCCAGUCUACAACUCAGCUAAAAGAAAAUGACUUGAGGCAAAACGGAAUUCGUACCCUCGGAUUUUCACUUGUUUGUUCUGUCAAAGCCAAAGCAGAUAUAGCCGGUAAAUAUAGUGAAAGCAGAGUGAGUGACAGAAAAUUUUGCGGUGUUGAGGUAAGCAACAAUGGCUGGAUAAGCGUGAAGCACAACACAAGUGGAAGUGUCCAUUUGCGGCUCACAGUUCCAUUUGCCUUACAGUUUCCUGACCAGCUGAUACAUUUUAUGAUAUACAUUCCUACACUCGAAAGUGAUGAAAAAUGUCAGCUGUCUCAGGCGGCACUCAUUGACAGUAAAUACGAAAAAAACAAUUGCAUGGUUACUUUUAGUGGGAAUGAUGUCAAAAACGAGAAGUGGAAGGAAUUAAAACUUGCUGCUUUGAUUGGACAGAAGACAAUGUCAUUUGAUAGAGUUUUUACUGUGCAGCUAAUUUCUUUGCGUCAUCAUCCGCAGCCAAUUUUUUCGAACUAUUCGAUUGAUCCAUUGCACGUUCAGAUACUCUCAGAUACAAGAUCAGUGGAUGGAAAGAAAUGUUACGCUCACAGUGAUCCGCACAUGUUCUCUUUUGAUGAGCGGCAGUAUGAAAAUCAAAACCAAGGAACAUUCAUUUUAUACAGAAACGCUCUGUAUAAUGUUGAGGUACAAAUCAAAACAGACAGAUGUCCUAACCAUUUUAAUCAUCAAAUCAGGCCUUGGUGUACUUGUGCAGUUGCUGUCCGCGCUGGGAGGGAUAUCUUUAAAAUUGACAAUUGUGGAACAGGUGGUAUAGUAGAACCUCGCUUUGAGAGAUGCGAUGAUCGCGUUUUGCAACGAAAAGUCAAAAGGAAGGAAGGAGGAAGGGAAUUCAGGAUAUAUCUUCCGAGUGGUACAGAAAUUCGUUUACAAAUGAACUGGGAAACCUUCAUCGAAGUAGACAUAUUUCCGUCAAUUCUUGACAAGGGCAACACAGACGGCUUAUGUGGAGACUUUGAUGAUAACGAACUGAAUGAUCCAGAUGUAGAUACAGCAUUAGGCUGGAGAGUCGGUGAAACAAAUGAUCUAUUCAAUUUAGACAAACUUCAAGCUAUCAAGCCUUGGGUACUAGAAAAGUAUCUAUGCACGUGUGAUGCCGAGAAAAAUGAUGAUUUCAUUUUCACCAGUAUUGCAACAUGCGACACAUCAAUGGCUCAGAAGUGCGUACAUGAUAACUUGGUUGAUGUUGAACAUUCCAUGUGUUCUCUCGUCCGACGUAAGAGGUCUAUGGAUCAACUUUUCUAUUCAAUCGAUAGGCACUCUUCCAUCGAGACAAAUUUCAGCAGUUCUAGUAAGAGAUCUAUUAUAAAGCACUCGGUGUUGAAAAGAAGCAUAUAUACAACCGAAACAGCUAGAGAGGACUGUAUGAAUACAUUGAACAACACACUUUUUCAAAUGUGCUCUCAUCUUCCGACGUUGGACAUGGAACCAUUCAUUGAUAACUGCAUCGCAGAUGCUUUGGUUACGAAUUCUAUGGACUGGACAAAUAUUCACCUUGAAGGAAUAAAAAAGCAAUGCAUCUAUAAUAUGGAAGUAAACCAGCCUCUCUCGGAUUCUGUUCUAUCGGAGCUUAACAGAUUGACAGAGGAUCCCAAUGAUUUUAAGAAAAAUGACAGUGAAUAUAAUAGCAGUUUCAGCACUACAGAGACACCAACCACAAUAGUAUCAGCUAAGACACCUGUGACGGAACCGUCAUUUACCUUUACACCAGAGAUGUUGGAACAUAUUAAAUCAGUAAGCUGUUUAAACGAUUGCAGUGGACACGGCAAGUGCUCAGAGGGAAACUGCAUUUGUGAUUCUGGUUAUAUGGAUAUCGACUGUUCCAUAAGUGAAAACGAUGCCCCGCAAAUGUUAGGCAUACCUGACCGAGGAAUUUGUGACUUGCGGCAAAGAAAGUGUCAGAAAACGUCUGUCUUUGGAAAAAACAUAGUUGAGUCUCCAAAUCUGUUAUGCAAAUUGCAACCAUUCCAGAUUGAAAGAAAUGGACAGGCCAAGGAACAAACCACAAUGACGAAUCAAGCAUUGUUAGAAUCGUUUACACAAGCCACGUGUGAUUUACCAUCAAUAAGAAACAAGAGAUCUGGCGAAUAUUUAAACGAUGAUUUCGUAGCUCGUGGAUAUCGUAUUUCGUUAAGUAACAAUGGCAAAAUAUACAGUGAAGAAGACAUAAUCAUAAUAUUUGACUCUGAAUGUGUUAAUUGUUCAAAAAGCCACGGGGAAAUCGUUUGUUCUGCAAAGCCUGGAUAUUGCAUCAACAAUGGGAAUUGUUACAAGUCUGGAGAAUCCUUCGGCUGUUACACUUGCACUGGCGAUCAACUCGAUAAAGUAGCAUGGACCUCUGGACCUGGUACAUACUUUAUUCAAACAACUUAUAAUUGUUUUUAG